AUGGCGACGUCCCUGCCGCUGCUGUCUUCCGUGUGCCAGCGCAUGAUUGCGCGCAAUCUUGUGUCUGUGCAGGAUAUUGGAGAUAUGCCGUACCGCCUCGCACGACCGUUUCUGCAGCUGUGCCGGCCAGAGCAGCUGCGCAUGCUCGAGCAGCGAUCGCCCCACAUGCUGCACGAGACGGAAGAGCUUUGGCGCCACGCGUGCCUGCGUGACUUUUCUGAGCUGCGCAAGCUCGAGGAGGCGCAUGAUGCUACACUUGCGCCGCCCAGCUGGCGCGCGCUCUACGAACAAAAAGAAGUAGAGACUAGAUCUGCGCGCGAGGCUGCAAAGGCGCGCAUCAAAGGACGGUACGCGGAACACACGGCACAGAAGGAUGCAAAAAAGCUUGUGGCCAGUACAGUGGUGAUCAAGCCACGCCGUGGGCGUAGCGCGACGCUACCGCGCGAUAGACCUAUGAAUGCACUCCAGUCAAAGGGCCAGGCCAUGCUUGCGCGUGCGCGGCAUGGAACUGCUGCACAGGCGCGGCGUAUGAUGCUCGCACCUGCCAAGAAGACUAUGAUUGCGCCACGCAAACGCAGCGGGACGCACAAUGCCUAUACACAAAUACACAAUGCCGCGCACAGUGCGGCAGCGCCACAAUUUCAAACGGCGCCUUGUGCGCAAAGCAACGUCCACACCCCAUGCCCCCCAUCUCCACGCCCUCCCUUACCGCACGCUGCAGCCGAGCCCGCCCAGAGCAUCUUUAUGCCCAAGCGCCGCAUCCCCAGCGCUGCCCAGGCACGCCGCUAG